CUUUAGUGUCUAUGAUAGUCUCUUACAUUAUCAAUUUCUAUUAUCAACUAUUGUUAUUUUUCUGUGUAAAUAAUUAUUUUUACUGCUUAGGCAGCAAUCUCCAAGUGUGUCUUGAAGCAUUAUUCCAGUUAAAGGGUACCUUUAAAGCUAUUCAAAGUCAAGAUGAAUACAGACUUAAAAGAGGUUUUAUCCCCGGAUGUUCACGUUUCUGAGAUAUGGGAAGAGCAUCUGACAGUGAAAGUGGAGGCAGAAAAUCACCUUAAAAAGCAGGAAUACAGACUAAAAUGCAAUAAUCCACUGGCAAGGGAAAUCUUCCGAAGGCACUUUCGGCAGCUGUGCUACCAGGAAACCCCUGGACCAAGAGAAGCUCUUACCCGGCUCCAGGAUCUUUGCUACCAGUGGUUGAGGCCACAUGUGAGCACAAAGGAGCAAAUUUUGGAUCUGUUGGUGCUGGAGCAGUUCCUGUUUAUCCUGCCCAAUGAGCUCCAGGGCUGGGUGAAGGAACAUCGUCCAGAGAGUGGGGAAGAAGCUGUGAUUUUGCUGGAGGAUCUGGAGAGAGAGCUUGAUGAACCACAACAUGAGAUGGUAACUCACAUACACAGACAAGAAGUCCUUUCUAAAGAGAUAGUGCCUUUAAGAGAGCAGACAUCAUUGAGCCUUCAGUCACAGCAUAAAGAACCUCAGGUCAGAGGUGACCCUGCUCAGGAAGUCCAUCCUAUUGGAGAGACAGACAAAUUUCUGUUUUCCAAACCUGUUGUGAUCCCCCAGCUAAAAGGAGGAAAACCAUGGCCUAACAACAGAGGAGUCCUAAGAGAUGAAAUGAUCAAGACUGAUGACAGAGAGUUGGUGUUAAAGAAAGACUGUCCUAAGAUAGUAGAAUCACAUGGGAAAAUGUUUCAUGAACAGAUGCGGGAGGUAUCACACCAGGAUCCCCAACGUGGAGAAGCUGGUGAACAUAAGGGACUGAUAGAGAGGCAGUGGGGAAACCCCUUAGGAGAGAGGCACCACAGAUGUGGUGAAUGUGGGAAGGUCUUUGCUCAUAGCUCAGGUCUCAUUCGGCAUCAAAGGAUUCACACAGGAGAAAGACCUUAUGAAUGUAAUGACUGUGGGAAAACUUUCAGUCGGAGUUGUGGUCUUUUUAAUCACCGAAGAAUCCACAAUAUACAGAAACAGUACCACUGUAAGGAUUGUGGAAAGGCCUUCAGUCAGAGUGCAGGUCUUAUCCAGCAUCAGAGAAUCCACAAGGGAGAAAAGCCCUACCAAUGCAGCCAGUGCAGUAAGAGCUACAGUCGGAGUUCAUUUCUUAUCGAGCAUCAGAGAAGCCACACAGGAGAACGACCUCACCAGUGCACUGAAUGUGGAAAAAGCUUUAAUCACCACUGCAACCUCAUCCGCCAUCAAAAGAUCCACACAAUGACUGAGCUUGUCUAGUCCUUGCUAUGACCAAGUUUUAUCACUGAUCAUAUGGGGUAGGGUAAAGCCAAAAAAUGCCUCUUUCUUUGUGUCUCAACACUGUGUUUGAAAUAAUUACUGACUAUGGUCCAGUGUAGGAUAGAGUAUAGGGUUAAAAGAUUUGGGUGCUAGGAACAGAGUGGUCUGGGCAAAAUC